AUGGCAACAUCUUGGGAGGAGCUGAUUAGCACGACCGAAGCGGCUAAGCCGCCCGAGGAUGUGCUGCAAGCAGCCGUGCAGUUUCUGACAGAUGUUGCAAAGUUGCCAGAUCCGAACGCGGCAAGUGGGGUAACUGAGGCUGAUGUGGACAAAUGUACAUUGCCAGAGCUAUUGCCAGCUGCAGCUUUGAUCCGCAGAUUGGUUAGACACAUAGAAGCCUUGGACAAGGCCAGAAUGGCCCAGGCAACCGCCAGGACUGCGCUGGCAAACGUGCCGCUUUCUGCCAAAUCGUUGGCGUCAGCUUUGGCACCAGCCAAAGCCCCAGAUGUGGCAGACAUGUUGCUGAAGUGCGGGCUGUCAAAGCUGGGCUUCCAUGUUCAAGCUGACCAGUCGCUAUACAUUGCUUUGCAGCUGGCGUCGGAGGAAGCAAAGGCUCAAAGCAGAACGCCCUUCACCUACGUUGACCUCACGAGCAAAGAAGCCCUGCCUUUGUGGCUCCCAGCAGACAAAGUGGGCGGAAAAUUUACUUUGCGUGAUGAUGACGAGUCUAGAUUAGCUGGACACCAUGCAAUUGGAUCGCUCAGUGAUCUGUCAAAAGCCCUCAAGGGAGCCACUGCCAGCCCCAGGUUUUUCCGAAAUGUACAGCAGUGGGUGGCUGCCUUCGUGCGAUAUGCCACCACGGCAGUGGCAACUGGGCAGAUGACGUGGCCAGUUGUGUUUGGUCACUUGGAUGUCGUCUUGCAGAUCUGCGAGCAGGAGAAGAUCAAGGGCAGAGCAGCCUACUUGGCCUUCCUGUACGAUGACCUUGUCCGUCGUCAGUGGGCACGUAGGGCGGAAAAACGUGACCCGUCGCUGGACAUCCUGGCAGAGUCUCAGAAAGUAGACAAGGACAUGCUGGAGUUGGCGCGGCAGCGGGUAAGUCAAGUCCUGCAAGAGGUUGGCUUGGCCGAGAGUGCCGUGCCCAAGGCUUUGCCAGCCCCAGCAGACAUCCCCAUGUCCUCAGACCCAACAGCAGUGGCCAAGCAGUUGGCUGCUGCUGAGCAAGCUCAGAAGAGGGCUGAAGCAGCCAGUAAGAAGUUGGGCGAAGUUCAGGCGCAGCUCAUGGCAAAAGCUUCAGCGGCAGCAGGAGGCGGACAGUCAGGAAACCUUACCAAGAGGCAGCAUAAGACCAUGAACUGGUUUUCCAAGCAGGCGAAUAGACGCCAGCAGCAACAGGACAAGCGAGGUGGUCAACGCUGA